ACACGUUUUAUCACCGACCCGCGGCUAUUUUACCCCGAACAUUGGUCAGAGAGCCAUCUAUUGGCAAGCACGUGAACAUAAUCGCGCGCGUGUGAUUUGUGUUGUGAUUUGAAUUCUAUUCCGAAUUCAACAAAAUGCCUGGACGUCCUAUUUGGCAGUGCGCUGGCAAGCGAGAACCUGAGAAGGAGGCCGAAGCCCAGGCUUGGAUAGAAGCUGUAAUCGGCGAGAGGUUCCCACAAGGAGUACCCUAUGAAUACGCUCUGAGGGACGGCAUCAUACUGUGCAAACUGAUGAACAGACUUCAACCAGGCAUAAUCUCCAAGGUGAACAUCUCUGGAGGGGACUACAAGUUUAUGGACAAUAUUAGCCAGUUUCAGAAGGCUUGUGUCAAAUACGGAGUGCCGGAUGUAGACCUGUUCCAAACCACAGACCUCUGGGAUCAGAAGAAUAUUGCGCUGGUCACACAGACCAUCUUCGCUAUUGGCAGAACUGCAUACAAGCAUCCCGAAUGGCGCGGCCCUUGCCUUGGCCCUAAACCAGCUGAAGAGAACCGAAGGGAGUUCAGUGAAGACGUCCUGAGAGCGGGAGAAACUGUCAUCGGUCUCCAGGCGGGCACCAACAAGAUGGCGUCCCAAUCCGGACAAAACUUCGGCGCGUCACGCAAGAUUAUCCUCGGCAAGUGAGGAUUCAAGAAAUUCAUGGUCUAGAUAUAGUAUAAAUGUGAUUAUUUAAUGUAACUUUUAAUAUUAUAUGCUUUGUCUAUAAAAAUGUCUGUUUAUUGCACAAAACUCGAUAGGGAAUGUGCUUGAAUAAACUGUUUUCUAAAUUAUAA